AUGGUGUCGUCGAAUACCCUCAUUACUGAACGCAAACCAGGAUACUUGAAUUGGCGCGACUUCAAGGCCAACGGCGUCAACUUGGGCAGUUGGUUCUGUCUCGAGACGUUCAUGGUCCCGAAGCUUUUCGCUGAGCAUGGAAAUGGUGCACAGGAUGAAUGGACCUUUUGCCAGAACGAAGGUGUCGCAGCCACCAAAGUCCUCGAUACACAUUACAAAAAAUUCUUUACAAAGCAAGACAUCGACGUACUUGCUGCCAACGGAAUCAAUGUCCUUCGUAUCCCCUUCAUCUACUCCGCUUGGAUAGAAGUGCCCGGUUCCCCCCAUUAUCGAGGGCCGCAAGUGGCCAUUAUGAAAGAGCUAGCAACAUAUGCAAUUGAGGAAUACGAUAUGCAUAUCGUGCUUGACCUACAUGCUCUACCCGGGGGUGUAAACUGGCUUGAGAUUGGCGAAGCGAUUGGACACGGCGACUGGUUCUACAACGAAAACAAUCUACGACUCUCCUUCGAAGCGGUUGAGGCAGUGCUUCGUUAUAUUCAGGAAUCAUCUGGGCAUCCAGAAUCCUACACCAUUGCGCCUGUCAACGAGGCGGUCGACAGCAAAGACAUUCGCACCUUUGGAACCCCGCAUGCGCUCUCAGACAGAGCCGCAGCCUGGCUGUUGAGAUACAUCCUGGGGACCAUUCAGCGGGUGGAAGCCGUGAACUCAAGCAUUCCAAUAAUGUUUCAGGAUUCCUUCAAAGGAGAAAGUUUCUGGGCCACUCAGCUACCGGAGUCGGCAAAUGUGGUCAUCGACACUCAUUGCUAUUAUUUUGCCGGCCGGCAAUGCAAUCCCGAUAAUACAAUUCCCGUUAUCAACCAGGAUGCCAAAGAUGCGCAAAAAUCUGGCCGGUUCCCAGUAGUCAUUGGGGAAUGGUCUAUCGAAACAGAAUUCGAUAAUCGACUAGGAGAUCGCAAGAAGCUUUAUGAAGCCGGUAGAGACGCGUUCAACGAACAUACACAAGGCAACAUAUACUGGUCUGGUAGGGUCGACAGCGACGCAAAAGUUCACGGCGAAGGGACAAAAAGAGACUACUGGAGCUUCAUCGACAUGAUAACGGACGGGGUCGUAACUCCGAUGCAGAAGAAAAAGUGA